CUCAAAACCGCCAAAAAAUUAUUUUCUAUUUAUAUGCCUUUUGGCUUAUUCAAAAUAAAACCACAUCCUGGGUACUAUCAAUUCCAUUCCCAUGACUGAAAAGUAUUGUUGCAUGAUUUUGAGAAUCAAUGUUGACUGCAACGCUUGCUGCCGAAAAUUAAGGAGAAUUAUUCUAAGGAUGAAAGAGAUUGAGACCCAUCUGAUUGAGAAGCAGCAACGCAGGGUAUGCGUAUGUGGCAGAUUUGAUCCAGCAGAGGUUGCCAUAAAGAUAAGGAAGAAGAUGAACCGUCGAGUUGAGAUACUUGAAGUUCAAGAUUUCGAAGGUGGUGGUGAAGCCGAGAACGAACAACCGGAAAAAGCAGAGAGAGCAGAGCCAACGGAGAGAACAGACAGACCCCGGGUUCCGAUGGUGGUGUAUCCUGGUCAAAUCCCUUCAUAUUAUCCAACCAUGCAUGUAGCAUAGUAUGUAUACAUUGUGUAUAAUACGUAAUAGGUUACUUUGUAGCAUAAGUUCCAAUCUCAUAAACUAUUGUUUGGUGACUGAAGUUGAAAAAGAGGGAGUGAUAUAGAAUCAUGACAAAUAAGUUAUUAGUUAUAUGAUCAAUGUUGAUAUUGUUAGAAUAGGAUAUGGAGCAAUAUAAGAAAAUACAGGAUUAUAGUUGACAAUAGACUAUACAUGACCCAAAUCGGUAGGAUGCAGCUGUGUAUAAUAAU